AUGGCUGAAUCAGAAAUUGCGGCACAUUUGAAGGCUCUGGUGUACUUGGCAGUUUCCAAUAUGGUUGAACUGGAACUCAAGGAUAAAGCAGCUGCCACUCCUACGUUCAUUGCCUCACUUGUGGAAUUGGUAUUCAACCAAAUAAUUGGAUUAGGAAAUGACUUAGAACAAUUUGCCCACCAUGCUGGUAGAGACAUUGUAUCUCCACCGGACGUUUUCAUGAUCACGAGAAAAAACAAACAUUUGACAGAGGCACUUCAUAAAUUUUACAAAUCAUUGUAA